CGCACACAUAAAACAGUUUAUUUUUUGAGAUGGCUGGACAGAAUCAAAAUGGAAAUUUAAGGUUUAAUGGAUUUUUAAUAAUCGUAAUAAGUCUCAUCCCAGCGUCUGAUGCACAAUGCAGUCCAACUUCAACUGGCAUCAAGCGUUAUGGAACAGACUGCAAAUAUAUCUGUCACUGCAUCAACAAUGAACAAUGCCACGCUGUAACAGGGUACUGCGAAUCAGGGUGUGACUUUAAAUUGGUAGGACCUGGUUGCCAGUUUAAAAAUAUUGCAUUUGAUGAAGCCUCUCGCCAUAUUGAUAACAUAGGUCCUCCAAUGUAUUCACAUCUGGCUAAUGAUGACGCUGUAUCCACAUGUAGCUUUACUAACACUACCGCUGCUGGUACACGGAGAACGGUUGCUCCUUGGUGGACACUUUGGUUGCCUUACGCCGCAACAUUCAGAAAACUUGUGUUUGUCACUAGAGAAAAUUAUUUGCCGUAUUUUCCGAAUUUCAAACUGAUAGUUCAGAAUGUCUCAAAAUCAGACUUCGAACGGAAAAAAUAUAGCACGGAGGGAGUGUUGUGCUAUCAACAUGACGCCUCAAUUCCACAAGAAACAACCGUGCAAGUCACAUGUACCGGGGUACCUAUUGGGAAUCUUAUACGACUACAACUCGCUAACACGUCUACACAGCUCGUAAUCUGUGAUUUUAGAGUAUAUGAAGGAUGUGACAAUGGUUUCUUUGGCUCAGAUUGUAGUGAACAUUGCAGUAGUACGUGUUAUCCUUCAAGACAUUUUACGUGCGAUAAUAUAGAAGGAACAUGUUUAAAUGGCUGCGUUUCUGGAUGGAAAGGCACUCGGUGCGAGAACGAAUGUGAGCGUGGUUAUUGGGGCAGAGACUGCGCAGAAACAUGUGGUAAUUGCUUUUCUGCAACAUGUAAUAAUACCAAUGGUCACUGUCCUAAUGGAUGUGAUGCUGGAUUUAAACGGACAGAUCUAUGCACUGAAAAAUGCAGUAAUGGUUAUUACGGGAAAGAUUGUAAAGGUGAGUGCAGCAGCACUUGUGUCCGCUCCUCGUGGCCAGCUAUCUGUGAUAACGUAAAUGGAAGUUGUUUGGAAGGUUGCACGGCUGGUUGGAAAGGUCUCCAAUGUCAAACCACAUGUGAAGAGGGCAGAUGGGGCAAUGGCUGUGCAAACAAGUGUGGUAAAUGCUCCUUCACAACAUGUAACAAUGUAAAUGGAGAAUGUCUCAACGGAUGUGUUGGAGGGUUCAAAUUAACGAAAUUAUGUGAUCAAGAAUGUGACAAUGGAACGUAUGGAGUAAACUGUUCCAGCAUGUGCAGUGCUAAUUGUAACAGUGUGUGCAAUAAGGUAAAAGGAACAUGUUCGCCAUGUAAAGCUGGCUGGAAGGGAACAAACUGCACAACAGAAUGUGAACCUGGUAAAUGGGGUAUUAACUGUGGUAAGGAUUGCGGCAAGUGCAAAAGUGAAUCUACAUGUAACAGGUCUAAUGGAACCUGCUUUGGAGGAAAGUGCAUGCAAGGCUAUAAACUUACAGAGAGGUGUGAUGAAGAAUGUGAUGCCGGGACAUAUGGUGUUGCCUGCAAACAAAACUGCAGUGAACGUUGUGCAGAGACUUGCAGCAUUAUUGAUGGAAAGUGUGGUCGUUGCCAUACAGGAUGGACAGGAGAUCUAUGUGUUCUACAAGUUACAAAGCCCUCAGAUGAUUCGAGUCCCGUCGCUGCAAUAGCUGGUGGUAUAUCCGGAGCUGUUGUAGCAGCCAUUAUAGCUGUUGGUCUCGUGUUAUUUGUUAAAAACAGACGAAAACAACAGUGUUUGUUCAAUUUCAAUGGAUUUUCCCAGUGCUUCAGGGAGAAACUUGCUAAGAAAAGAACGGCAAAUGAUAAACAAGUGCCUAGUACUUCUCAGAGCAAACGAUCGAAGACGGAUGAGGCCAGUCCGACAGAAAAUUCUGAAGUUUUAGUGAAAAAUGUCAGAUUGUUGGUUACACAAGAUUCGGUGCAUACAGGUAAUGUUGAUUGCAACGUUAUAGAUUGUGAUUCUUUGCUAAAUAAACUCACAGAUAGUUCUAGAAAUAGAAUGUCAGGGUGUGGUGGUGAUAGUCAGCCUUCUGUGGCAACAGAUGCCUAUUCUGUUUUAUUUGACCGGCCAAGCAGGUAUCGAACCUAUGAAAUCGCUCUCAGACGAAAUGCCUAUAACAUAGACCAAAACUGA